GUGAUUCAUGUGUCGUUGCGCACAAUCCCGCUGCCAUUUGAUUAAAUUGAACGUAUUGAUUAUUGGAUUGAAAAAUAAAGAGUAUGGCGGACUUAUUUGUAAGCAGCGAUAAUGUUACGGCUAUGAGUGCAGUUCCUCUGCAGGAGAACAUGUCGGAAGUGUCGAAGAAGCCAUCCAGAAAGGAAACAACUGCUGAAUUAAAUAGAGAACUGUUGGCAGGGCAAAAUGCUGUCGGAUCCACCAUAUUAAGUAUGGAUAAGGUUGAAGAAGAUAGCACCGAGGAUCUCAAUGUCCAGUACAACAAGCGCGCCGCUCAGAUUAGGCGGACCAGUAAUAUAUAUUCCUGGGCGCUGUCCAUACUGGUCUAUCCGCUGAUAUUUGGCUUGGCCGUUUGCUUCUUCUUCCUGGUAAAGCAACAGGCUAACGACCUCAUGGAAAUUAUCAUGAACGGACGUGAUGUCUAUAUCAUAGUAGUCAGCGUAAUUGUCCCGACCAUUUUUGCCCUUCUAGCACUGAUCGCCUUCUUUGCCUUUUUUUGGAAAGAACCCGAAGUUCGAUCUCGACACCACGGUUUCAUAAUCAACUACUGUGCGUGUGCCCUCUGUUUAGAGGUGAGUGUACUUAUCAGUGCAAGUAUCAUCAUGCAAAUCACCAGCAUCAAAGCUAUCACUGCUACGGGGAUGAACGAUACGUGGCUGUCACUUGUAGGUUUUUGGUUAAUUACACUUGUCAAUUUCUUUGCGUUGAAUAUGAUCGUGCCGGUGGUCGCGCGCAUGCGGUACAUCAACGAGUUGUAUGUCCACAGGAAUCGGUUCGCUUCGUACUGGGGUGUACCGAUCAUUUACCUCGUACUGUACUUUCUAACGGCGUUCAUGUCUAUGGCCAUCUGUGAAUACGCCGUCGACCCCACCACACCUUGCACGGCUACAGAGAAGUUCUCUGGUACUAUUGUGUUUGUAGCAAUUCACAACGUGCACUAUUUCUACCUGGUUUGGUCCGCUUGGGGAGCUAAGGAUUACUUCAUUGAUUUCGUCGGCAAUGUCCGCAUGUAUAUGAUCUUUUUCGUGGGUACCUGGGCAGCCAUUGCCUAUGGGAUCGUGUCAGACAAUCCUGCAGAUAUCUGGUAUCUGUGGUUCUUUGAGACAUGGUUUAAGCUUUGGGUGAUCGGAAUAGAGAACUUCGGGUUCAUUAUUGUUCGAGUGCUUGGCCGUAAAAUCACAAAGGGUAGUUCACUUCGUGGGCUCGAUCUUGAGGGUGAGCAUUUCCGCGAGGGUGAGAACAGGAAAGGUGUCGUCAAUCUUCUAAGGAUUCCAGAAACGGCGGAUCUUUUCCUUGCUCAAGUAAAGAAGAUGCACGCCGAAGAGAAUAUAUUGUUCUUGCGCAGUGUGCUGGAUUGUAACAACAAUAGAGAUGAUGCAUCCGUAGUGAGGGCUAUUGUAGAUGAGUUUAUUGUAGCUGACAGCCCACAAGAAGUGAAUAUCACUGCCCCUGUCCGAGAAAAGACGCUCAAAAAGCUCAAUACUGGAGAUUACUAUGAUUCGAAAGCCCUGUUCGACGAUGCUUUCAUGGAGGUUUCUAUUCUGGUGACGCGUAAUUCUUUGCCUGCCUUCUUGAACAGCUCAGAGUACAUGGCCUGGUGUGCCGAGCGUGAUGAGCACGAUCACCUUAUUGCACUACUGAGGAAGAAUAGUCUGAUGGACGCCGCUUAUAGGUGAUUACCAGGGAGGUAAAUACAAGAGAAUAUGGUGUGCAGUUGUACUCAUCAGCCUGGUGCAAAAAAAAAUCGGAGCAUGAAGAAACAGUUGGCAAGAAUAAAACUAUAUGCGGUGUCGGGGUUUCGGAAGAAUGUGGUGGCAUAUCGAUAAAUAGUACGUUAAACCAAAUUUACUACUAAUGAAGUGAAAUAGACUCGAUUGUCUGGAAGUGAGCUCCGCACAGCACAGAUAAAAUGUGUGCCAUAGGCACAACUGUACGUUCGUUCAGCCCAUUUGGCUCUCUCAGGAGGUUAUCUUCCCGAGAUAAACGGAAAUACAGUUGGAUUCAGUUUGUUGAAAUAAAGCAUUGCGAUAAGUAGUUUUAGCUGCUAGUUUUGGCACGUGCGAUUUUGGUGUUGAUCAUGCAUUC